AUGUGUCGUUAUUUAUCUCAAAUUGAUAUUCUUGACAGUUUACUGAAUUUAAACACUCGUGUAAAUAAAACGAUUACUACAUAUCGAGAAAAAAUUUUCAUAUCGCAUUUAUCUCAUAAGGACUUUUUUCAUUUGAUUAAUAAUCAUUUACCAUAUUUAUCCGCCAAUGUAUCGUACUUAUAUAUAAAUAAUUGUUCGAUGUUAAAUUCAGGAAAACUUUUUGAAGAAAAAUUUAAUAAAGUCGAUCAACAAUUUCCAUUACUUCAAGAACUUGUAUUUCAUCAAAUUGAUAUUGAAACAUUGGAAAAUCUAUCGUGGCGUUUCAAUACAAUGUAUUAUUUACAUACUUUAGCUAUUGACAUCGCCGAAGAUCGUUUAUCGUCAAUGCCUGUACAGUUCGAUGAAUUUAUUUGUGGAAAAUUAUUUACUGAAUCAAAUUCCUUUAAAAUUUUAAAAUUAUAUUUAAAUAAAUAUAAAUUUAGUCUAUAUUCUUUAAAAAAAGAAUCUAUGAGUAUUAAACAAUUAACAAUAUCUGUGCAAUGUCUUAAGGAUUUAUUAAUUGUAUUUAAUAGUUUUCCAAAUCUUGAAAAAUUAAAUAUAACUAUUGGUUGUUCAUCGUCGCAUGAUAUAAAUAAUGAUACGUAUCCAUAUGAACGUCUUUGGUGGAAAGUGCCUUAUUUGACUCAUUUUGAUCUUAAAAUUGAAGAAGAAGAAUUAACGUCUCACGAUUAUGUUAUACCACAAGAUACAAUAGUUAAAAUAAUUGAGAAUCUUUAUGCAUUGUCAUAUUUUAAGUUUACAUUGAAUAUUAGAUUUCAUGCUACACUACAAACAUUAACAACGAAAGAUAUUUAUAUGGACAAAUAUUUUCCAUAUGCUGAUGGUUCACUAUGGCAAAAGGCAUUAAAUAGAAAUGAUGAUCGAACUAUAAAUUUUGCAUUACAUUUUGAACUUGAUGGAAUUACAAUUGAUCGUCUCAAAAAAACGAUAGAACCGAAUGUGUAUACUACAGCAAAAUAUGAUGACAUUGAUUUCAAUUCUCUACUAAGAGAAACAUUUUCCAGCGCUUAUUGGUUACAAAAGAAUAUUAUAAUACAAUGUCUUUCUACGAAUUCUAAACAUGUCUCAAUUUAUACUUUACCUAUUACAAAUACUCAUUUGUCGACAACUGCAGAUAUAAUCGAUCAAGAAUUGUCAAUGAACGCUUCUAUGUCAUAUAAAAAUAUUCAGAGUCUGCUUAUAUAUUCCAAGACUGAGUAUCAUUCUCCAAAAUUAUCCAUAACAAAUAUUUUCAAUAAAUUUCCUUCUCUAACUCAUCUUCAACUUGAUACAGUACUUUUAUUACCACCAAAAAUAUUCAUCUGUUCACUUCGUUUGCGUUCUCUAUCAUUGUGUAAUUAUUCACUACUCUCUUGCUGUCAAUUACUCGAAUAUUUACCCAAAGUUAUAUCACUUACAAUAACAACGCAAAGUAAAGUACCAACGUUUGACUUUUGGCCAAAACCCAUUUUAUCAGUCACACGGUUAAAACUAUCAAUUGAUUCAGGUCAUACGAAAAACCUAUUGAAUAUACCAAAAUAUUUUCCAAAUGUCAAUGAAUUCUAUCUACGAAUAAAUAAUACAUUAAAUCGAUCAGUUGAUGAUUUUUGUCUAUGUGAAAAAUUUGAGUGUUUUUCAAAAGACUUCAUUCAUCUUCGUUAUUUUGAAAUAACUUUACCGAUAAAGCAAGAAUCUAUGACAACUUCAAAAUGGAUGACUAUGUUACAAGAAAAUCAAACAAUGUGGGCUAAAAAUAAAGAUGGUAGCUCUGUAACAUUAAAAAUAUGGUUGUAA